GCAUUUCUUUCACAUGCGACCAUAGGACGUUGAAAACAAGGCUUCCCGUUCGCUCAGCCCUAUUUAAGCAACGUACCGGCGGAUUAGUAGUUAGGUGGGUGACCACUAGCGAAUACCUGCUGUUGUAUGUUUUUGCCUUUUUGCUUCUGUUAAUACUCUUGCGCCAUCAUGUCAACUUACUCAAAUGUAUUUUAUAAAAAAAAACACCUCUUCCACAUACGACCACAGGACGUUGAAAACAAGGCUUCCCGUUCGCUCAGCCCUAUUUAAGCAACGUACCGGCGGAUUAGUAGUUAGGUGGGUGACCACUAGCGAAUACCUGCUGUUGUAUGUUUUUGGCCUUUUUCGCUCCGUUUUGCGCACUGACAGCUUUCACGGCACCCAUCGGCAGUUGCGGCAUCAACCCCAUAGGUCAUGUAUCUGGGUACGGUUCCGAAAUCUAUUAGGGCGGAUUUGGACGCUGAUAGGCUCCAACUACCCCACCUCUCCAACCGAUAGCUAUCUGAAGCUCCGGUUAUCAUUGUUGCGGUAUUAGUCGGUCCAUACAAGACCCUAUCACCCUUGCUUAGACUAUUCUGGACUAGCAUGUUCCAGAGUCAGUAUAUAGUCGUCUUCUCCUCACUAGAUAGCAACUCAGUGCAGUAUUCCAUCGACCCGAUAGUCCUACGUUAUCGUUUACCGUAGC